CUACGGCUCCACGUGGUUUCGCUUAUAUAUGUGUUAAUGUGUUAUCAACGGACGAAAUUAAUAGAGCAAAGAUGAAUGAAAAUAAACGAGGGCCAUACAAACAAUACUUAAAAAGUGACGAUAGCAGGGAUGAAAUUCCUACAUCAACAGUGAUUUCUCGAAAGAAACGACGCGAAGAACUAAACCACCGACGUGCAAAACCGAGUCGACCACCACAUAAUGAUGAGGUUAUGUUUCAUGUUGUUAAUAGUGAACGACUGCUUGAUAAUCAUGAAAACAACGAUCAUAAUGACUGUGAAUCUGAAAAAGAACGUGAUUCGACAAUGAUGGGCAAUAAUGACAAUUUACGAGAUGUUGAAAAUAUUUGUGACAGCAAUUUGUCGCAAGAGAGUGUCAAUGAUGAUCAAGAACACUCUGCUAAUGACAGUGCAUCAAGCGAAGACGUAGGUGACGAUGAUGAUUCUAAUAUCAUUGACGAAGACAGAUCGUCAAUUAUAAGCGAUUCUUAUAAUGGAGCUGACAAUUUGGAAUCCAGUGACGAUGCAAGCGAAGAAAAUGCACAACGAGAUGACAUGGAUGAGAGUGAGGAUGAUGAGAUAAAUCAUUACCCCAAUGAUCAAGUGUGGCGACAUCUUAUAUACGAAGACUGUGAUCUCACCAAAGAAGAAAAUGUCCUUAUAAUGAUGAGUAUGGCUCUUCGUCAUAAUUUUACCGAUGAAGCAUUACAGUCUCUUAUUCAAACAAUUGACUGCCAUCUUCCACACAGAUGCCACGGUUCGAAAUAUCUUUUCUUAAAAGCAUUCCCGAAGAAUAAUUAUCGAGUAUACUACUAUUGUUCGCAAUGUUUAUUUGUAUUAAAUAUUGACCAUAACUGCAUUACUGUGCGUUGCGAUAAUUGUUUAAAGCAUUAUAAAUUAUCGGAAUUGAAGAAAGAUCAGGCAUUUUUUAUAUAUAUUCCGCUGAAAGAACAACUAAUCGAACUCGUUAAUUCUGAGAUUUACGCGCAAUUUCGGCAAGAAAGCGAUGAUAGUGAUAUUAUCAAUGGAACACUGUACCAUAAUUUAAAGAGAAAAAAUGUCAUAGGAAAGAAUGAUAUUACAAUACAGUGGAACACGGAUGGCGUACAGUUGUUCAAUUCCUCUUUAACAUCUUUAUGGCCAAUUUUAGUGUCCAUUAAUGAAUUGCCUUAUCGUAUACGAAAACAACAAAUAUUAUUAACUGGUUUGUGGUUCAAUUCAAGGAAACCUCCCAUGAACAUUUUCCUUAAACCUUUUGUUGAUGAACUUAUAGAGUUACAUAAUAUUGGUUUUGAAAGUACGACACUUACAAACAAUAAAAAAAUCCGUAUAAAAGUUCAUACACUAGUUGCACCAGUUGAUUCUGUUGCCAGACCAGCAAUUCAAUGUAUGAAGCAAUUUAAUGGAAUAUAUGGAUGUUCAUAUUGUUACCAUAAAGGAAAACAGAUUUGCACAGGACAAAACGGACGAAAACGAAUAUACUGUGGAAAUAUAAGCACUUUACGUAAAAAAAGCCAUUACGAAUAUCAAUCCGAGAAAACCCUACGAAAAAACAAGCCAGUCAAAGGUGUGAAAGGUCCAUCCGUUGUUGCACUUAUACCACUUUUUGAUGUAAUUUCAUCAUUUCCGCCGGAAUAUAUGCACAGUGUUGCAGAAGGCGUUAUUAAACAAUUUGUAAUAGCGUGGUUUGACCCUAGGAAUCGCGAUAAAGAUUGGUGCUUAACUAAGCACAAGUCGUGUUUUGAUAAAAGAUUACUGAGCAUGAAACCUACCCACGAAAUAACUAGGACGCCACGAUCGAUCACACAACGUAAAUUGUGGAAAGCAUCAGAAUAUAAAAAUUUUGCGUUGUACUAUUCUAUUGUUUGUUUAGAAGGGCUAAUGCCAAAGAAAUAUGUUAAACAUUGGCUAUUAUUCGUGUACAGUAUGCAUGUUUUUCUAAGUAUGCGAAUGCGUUCUAAUGAAUUUAUUAUGGCUACAUUAACACUUCGAAAAUUUGUGUUUGAUAUUGAAAAAUUGUAUGACAAAACGUUUAUGAAUUAUAAUGUACAUAUGAUGUUACAUAUUCCGGAAGCUGUUAAAAAGUUCGGCGUCUUAUGGGCAUGGUCAACUUUCCCUUUUGAAAAUUUUAAUCACACAAUACAAUCACUAUUUAAAGGUACCCAAUGUAUUCCGGAACAAAUAUGUAAAUUUUAUUCCCGUAUAAGAUAUAUUAAGCAAAGUUCAACUUUCAAUAAACCAAACUGUAGCGUAAAAGGAAAGGCUGUUUUUGACUCACUUAUGAAGCAAUGUCGAAUUCAAAGAUGUAUAGAAUAUGAAAAUCAUUUAACAGCGUUUGGUCCUUCAAAAAAAAUCGACUUUUCCUUGAUUGAAAAAAUCACUAUUGAAGAAUUUUUGGGAGACUCUGUUAAAAACAAAGCAUUGACUUUUCAGCGUUUUAUCUAUAAAAAUGUUCUGUACCACGGUUUCGAUUAUGCUAGAUUGAUAAAAAGACGAAACAAUACCGUUUUAACACAAUCUGGUUCUUUGUUAGUUAUUCAGUAUCUAUGUAUAGCAGAAAAAGCUACAGGCGAAAAGAAGCAACUGUUAAUUUGUAAGGAACUGCGAGUACUGAAGCAAGAAGUGUUAUGUAAAAAUAAGAAUGUAUCGUCGAAUAAUUUCUCUUAUGUUGUAGAAGAAAUGGACAAUAUUAGAUGCUCAUUGCUUCAUAUGAUUAAAAAUAAAUGCAUUAAUAUUCCUGUCUUUUCAUCAAACAACGAUAAUUCUAAUAAUAACAAGCGAUGCAUUAUACCUCUUGUAAACUCUGUAGAAACUGAUUGAAAUAAGAAUGUAUAUAAACAACAAAUAAAAUAAUUUGCAUUU